AUGGUAACGAGUAAACUUCGGAAACCGAAAGGAAUGCCACUGGCUAUAAUUGCUACUUCAUUGAUCUUAUUCUUAUAUCUUAUUUGUCAUCUAAUAUGGUCGAAUAAUCAUUCCCUUUCAUUAACCAAUGUUAAAUUCGAAUAUUUAAAUCGAAAACAAUAUAGUAUAUUCAAUACCAAACUUAAAGAUGAAGAAGAAUUUGUUCAAUUUGUAACUCCUGUCAUAGUGGAGAAAUUAAUUGAAAUAGAUACUUAUCUUUAUGAUUUUAGUAAUGUGGCAGAUAAGAUUCAUUUAAAACUUGAAGAUAAAAGUAUUCAAAAAUUAAAGGAGAUUUACUUCUAUGAUCCUGUUAUAACAUAUUCCACCUUACUUAACUUUAUAAAUGGGAAAAUAUCAGGUAAUAGUCUUAAUAUUGAAUUACCAUAUUUCGAUUGGCAAGAUCAUGUUGAUUUAUCAUUAUUAUCAAGAUAUAAAGGUAAAGGGAUGGAAACCUGUAAAAUAUUUGAACAAGGUGGUGAAAAGGAAUCAGAUCAUUUUUGUAUUGAAGAUAAUCAAUUAGAUGCUAAGAAUGAUCAAGAGGCUAAACAUAGUGAAGAAUUUAAACAAUUUAUCAAAACUCAUAAGUCAUCAUCUACAAAUUUCCCUAUUCAUGUCUUUGGUCAUCCCCUGAAACAACUGAGAAGACAUUUAAAUAUAUUAUCAUCCUUAUAUAUGGCUGAAUUCAUGGAUAUUCCUCGAUCAUUAGUGAUGUUAUUACCUGAAGAUAAUAUUGUAAAUGUCAAGAUCGAUCAAGAUACUACUAAAUCAAAAAAGAAAUUAGUUGAUACUGAAUUAUUUGAUAGAGGACAACUUAAUAUUAAAGAUCAAUUAGAUAUUCUAUUAAAACAAAAUCAUAAAAUAAUUCAAUCUUCGAAAAUGCCUCAUCAAUAUUAUAGAGAAUUUACUAUUGAAGAAUUUAAAAAUAAUCUUAUUAACCCAAGUAAAAGAGAUGUGGUGGAUAAUACUUUUAAAGAUGAAUAUUAUAAAUAUCCUCCUUUAAUCAGUACUGAUAAAUUUGCCGAUCAUCUUCGUCUUUAUGAUUGGAGAUUCUUUGUCGAUAUUAGAAUGAUUGAAAUGGAUGUAUUAAAGGAAAUUGCUAUACAUACUUUAAUUAAAGCAUGGUUGAAUUUAUGUAAUAGACUGGGAUUAAAGACAUGGAUUAUAAAUGAAUCUUUAUUAGGUUGGUAUUGGAAUGGAUUACAAUUUCCAUGGAAUCAUCAACAACAAUUUGGAAUUUCUAUAAAAGAUUUCCAGACUUUAAUGGCUCAAUAUCGUCAAUCUUUAAUUCUUGAUUUCGGUGAUUCAGUUGAACAUAUUAGAUUUGGAAGAUUCUAUUUAGAUAUUCAUCCUCAUGCUAAUGAAGCAAGAUUAAUUGAUAUUGAUACGGGAUUAAAUAUUCAAAUCUUACCUUAUGAAGCCAAAGAUCCCGCCCAACCAUUUCAAUUAAGUAAUAAAUAUGAUCAAAUCAUAUCGUUUAAAGAUUUAAAUCCAUUAAGAUUAACGUUAUUUUCCGGAGAAUUUGCUUUAGUACCAUAUAAUUUCAUCAAACAUUUAAAAACAAACUUUGGAGAAGAUUCGAUUACAAGUCCUCAUUAUAAAUCAGGAUAUAGCUAUAUGAAAUAUGCUAAACUUUGGUUUAAUAAUCAAGAUUUAAAACGUAUGGAAGCAGAAUUUACCGCUAAUCAAAAUCAAAAGGAAGCUGAAAAAAAAAUAGCAGAUGCAUCAUUAGGAUUACUUCAAAGAUUUGCUAAUUCACAAUAUACCCCAAAGAAAUAUAGAAAAGUUGAUCAUAGUAUUGAAAUGAAUCCUUUACAAUUAAGAUAUAAUAAAGAAGCCUUAAUUCGAUAUAAGACAUCAGUUCAAUUAUCCAAUUUACAUAAUAAACAAAUGUUAAAUUUAAAUGAUGAAUCCAAUUUUUUAACUGCUACUUCUGCUUUAAAUGGGAAAGCUUCACCUUUGAUACGAUUAAAGAGUCAUUUAACAAGAUAUAUCAAACCAGAUCAUUAUAUUAUAAAAUCAUAUAUUGAGAUGCCCAAUAUCAAUGAUAGAUUGAGUAAUCUUUAG